GUUUCCGAUUGGUGCAAUGAAUUUGUUUUCUCCCUGUGUGUAGCCUAUUAUUAAUAUCAGCAGGUUCAAUUAUCAACCUAUUGAACGUGUCGUCUUUGUUUGUAAAUAUCAAGGUGGAAGUGGACAAAAGGUGGAGUCAGAAGGACUUAGGCUACAGGUAUUGAAUGACGGAUACUAAGCUUUAACUAGCAGUUGUAAUAUUCAGAAGAAGCAUCCAUCCAUUGCAGAAGAGGGAACAUGAAGAGGAAUAAAGGAAAAGUAAAUAUUGCGGAAAAGGAAUUUAUGUUUGAGUUCAAGGCAGGAAGGCAGCAAUGUGUUUUGAAAACUCCACUGCAGUUCCCAGUCCAAGAAAAUAUAAAUGACCUCCACGGAAGAAUCAUGCUGCUACAUAAAAUCCCCUGCUUUGUUGAGAAUGACUUGAAGUCUAGUCUUUCCAACUUCAUUGAGAGAGAAACCAAUCAAGAUUAUGACAGGAUUUCUGAUCAAGCCCUUCAGAAUUUGUUGAAUGGUGAAGUGGACAUGACCGAACUCACAAAUGCAUGGGCCAAGGCCUAUUCUGAGACCACUCUGGAACAUUCACAUCCAGAAGAGCCAAGUUGGGAUGGGGAGUUUGCAGACGUAUACCAUGAACUGAUUCACUCACCUGCCUCCGAUACCCUGCUCAACUUGGAGCACAAUUAUUAUGUUAGCAUUUCUGAACUCAUCAGUGAGAGGGACAUGGAGAUCAAGAAAUUACAAGAGAGGCAAGCGGCUGAAAUGGAAACUGUGAUGCAGGAGCUGGGGAAGACAUUCAGUGAUCAUGAUGUCAAUUCAGUGGCCUCUCAGCAUUUUGACGCUCAGCAGGUACUGGAGAGUAAGUGGGCCACUGAAUUAAAGCAGGUUACAGGCAUUCAAAAACAUGAAUACCAGGAGUGGGUGAUCAGACUCCAUCAUGAUCUGAAAAACCCUAACAACAGUGAAAUUAAUGAGGAGAUUAAGGUACAAACCAGCCAAUUAACAGACGCCCCUGAAUCUGGCUCUUGUCUAUUUGAGGAGCAAAGGCAACUGGAAGAAAGCUUUACAAUCCACUUAGGAGCUCAGCUGAAGACCAUGCAUAACUUACGUCUGGUGCGGGGCGAUGUGCUGGAACUCUGUAAGCACCGUCGGCAUGGUAGCAGUGGAGUAAAAUUGCGCCGACUACAGACUGCCCUCUCUCUGUACUCCUCCUCACUCUGUGGCCUUGUACUGUUGGUAGAUAACAGAGUUAACUCCUACAGCGGCAUCAAGAGAGAUUUCGCAACUGUGUCCAUGGAGUGCACAGACUUCCAUUUUCCACGUCUGGAGGAACAGUUGGAAUUGAUACAGCAAGUGGUGUUGUAUGCACGAGCACAACAAAGUAGUAAGCAAAGACAACAGCCAGAACUGCCAAGAACAAGUGGAGCUGAGGAUAAGAACAAGAAUGUUGACAGAAAUCCUGCAAAUAUCUUACCAGGUGAAUUCUACAUCACUCGACAUUCCAACCUGUCUGAGGUGCAUGGUGUGUUCCACUUGUGUGUGGAUGACAACGUGCGCUCUGGGAACAUCACAGCCCGUGAUCCCGCCAUUAUGGGACUGCGGAAUAUUCUCAAGGUCUGCUGUACCCAUGACAUCACCACCAUCACAAUUCCCCUUCUACUGGUCCAUGAUAUGUCAGAGGAGAUGACGAUACCCUGGUGUCUGAAGCGGGCCGAACUGGUGUUUAAGUGUGUUAAAGGCUUUAUGAUGGAGAUGGCCUCAUGGGAUGGUGGCAUUUCAAGGACCGUCCAGUUUCUUGUUCCACAGAGUAUCUCAGAAGAGAUGUUCUAUCAGCUCAGUAAUAUGCUUCCUCAGAUCUUCCGUGUCUCCUCUACCUUGACGCUCACUUCCAAGCGCUGAUUGAAACAAAUGCGUUGGACAUUGGCUACAUUGGCUAUCAGCCAAUACCACUUUGUAGGUUACUCAAAGCCUACUUGGAGUUUGGGGAAAGUAACAAACAGCCAUGUCAGGUGCAAAUAAAACUGCUAUCAGCAUAUAAAAUAAAGAUUAAAUCAACUGGCUGAAAAAUUAGCCUAUCAAACCAAAAUUGUAAUGCCUCCUGUCAUUUUUUUUUUUUUUAUCUCAUUAAAGUUUUCAAAUUCACAGAUUUGAAUGCCCCUAUUCCCUUUUCACUGCGAUUUAAAUAAAAGUGUCUAGUAGUGUGGACUUGCAAGAGAUUUUCUAGUCCAAACAUGCAGUUAGGCUCUUAAAUAUUUGAACCCAUGUUAAAUUUGACUAAAAAGAGGAAUCAUGUUUAGAAAAUUUAUCUUAAUCCCUUAAGUAAAAAAAAAAAAUUUGUGAAUGAAUAAUGUAUCGUAAAUAAAUAAAUGUUCUUCCUUAAAAUACCAGGGUCGUAAGUAUUCACACCCAUAUGUUAAAUUCCCAUAGAGGCAGGCAGAUUUGUAAAAUAGCCUCAGAUUAUCACAUACCCUUCACCAAACCUAGGGAUUGGCAUGGUGUUUUUUUCAGUUAACCUAUUAGCUGGUUUGAUGCUCAUUGAGCUCAAUACCAAUCAAACUUAGUCAAUGCAAAUGUAGUCAACUUUAGCAUGGGUUCUUCAAAUACGUAUGUGCCUAACUGUAUGUACAGACUACUACCAUAUUUGUGUUACAAACUAACCUCAUACACUUCUAUGGAGUAGUAUUUGAGUGCUGUGUCUCCUAAUGAGAAAUUCUCUGUUUGAAUUUAAUUCUGGAUACUAAAAGUAACAAAUGGAUGAACUAAUAACUAAUGUCGUCUUUGACUGAUUAAAGUUCAGAACACA